UGAAGGAACUCACCUCGCACACCAAAGGCGUGUUGGCCAUGGCGUGGUGUCCCAGUGACAGUGGGCUGCUGCUCUCGUGCGCCAAGGACAACCGUACUCUCUGCUGGGACACCUCCGUGGGCGAGGUGCUGUGCGAGCUACCAGCGGGCACCAACUGGAACUUCGACCUGCAGUGGUCGCCACGCGUGCCAGGGCUGCUCUCCGCCUCCUGCUUUGACGGCCACGUCUCACUUUACAACAUCGAGUCGGCCAGCAGCAAGGAGUCGGACUUUGGGGCGUCGCUUGCCAACAGAACGCCCAUGGCAACAUCCCGCGCGCCCAAGUGGUUGAAGCGGCCCUGCGGAGCAACCUUUGGCUUCGGCGGGCGGCUGCUGUGCUUUGGAAGCAAGGCGGGGCAGGCGGGCGCGCAGGUGGCGGUGCACAGUGUGGUGACGGAGGAGGGCGUGGUGGCCCGCGCUGACGAGUUUGAGGCUGCUGUUGCAGGCGGGGGACCACAGGAAGGGCAGGUGGCGGUGCACAGGGUGGUGACGGAGGAGGGUGUGGUGGCCUGCGCUGACGAGUUUGAAGCGGCUGUGGCGGGCGGCGACAGGGAGAACCUCAAAGCCUUCUGCCAACACAAGGCGCAGCUCGCCACGACAGGGAGGGAGACGUGGGACUUCCUCACAGCUCUCUUUGAAGACGACGCCCGUCGCAAGCUGCUGGCACUUUCAGACAUCUCAAAAGCGACUCCCUCUGCUCCCUCCCACCCACUAACCCCCCGCUUCCCUCUCCUCAGUGCACCAGAGGACAGGGAGACAUGGGACUUCCUCACAGUGCUCUUUGAGGACGACGCACGCCGCAAGCUGCUGGCGCACCUGGACUUCCCCCCCAUCCACAUCCCCCACCCCACCCUGCCCCCCGCCGAAGACCCCGCCGCUGCCGCCGCUGCUGCUGAAGCCGAAGCAGCUGCAGCAGAGGCCGCGGCGGGAGAGGCAGGAGCAGAGGCGGUGGCAGCAGGAAUGGGAGGUCUGUCCCUUGACGGUGCUGCUGCUGGUGGUGCUGGUGCUGAUGGUGGUGAUGGAUCAGGGGUUGUGGCAGGGGCUGGGCUGGAUGGAAUCCCGUCCGCCACGGGCGAUGUUGAUUUCUUUGACAACCUCGCUGGCAGCACCACCCCUAACGCUGCUGCUGCUGCCGCCGCUGCAGCCGCAGCAGGGGAAGCCGAAGGGGAAGCCCCGGGGGAGAACGGCGAGAUCACCGGGGACGGGGCAGGGGAGGGGGAGGCGGACGAGGAGGAGGAAGAGGAGGAGGAAGGAGGGGAGGAGGAGGGAGGGGGGGAGUGGGAGGGCGAGGUGCAGCGGGCGUUGGUGGUGGGGAACUAUGAAGCCGCGGUGGAGAGGUGUCUAGCAGCGGGCAGGGUGGCGGACGCGCUCGUGCUGGCGGCGGUGGCGGGGUUUAAUUCCGACCUCUGGGCGCGCACCCAGCGCUGGUACCUCCGCCGCAACCGCCGCCGCUCCUUCCUCAAGCUGCUGGGAGCGGUGGUGGCGAGUGACAUCAGAGGGCUUGUGGCAUCACAGCCGCUCUCCGACUGGCGGGAAACACUCGCCAUGCUCUGCACUUACGCGCCGAGCCACGAGUGGUCGGUGCUGUGUGACGAGCUGGCAGCGCGGCUCGAGGCAGCGGGGCAGUGGCAGGCGGCAACGCUGUGCUUCAUGUGUGCGGGCUCCAUCGACCGUGUCGUUGACAUCUGGGCCUCCCGCCUGCAGCCCUCACAGGGGUCCCCGCCCCUGCCGCACCUGCAAGAUCUUAUUGAGAAGGCAGUGGUGCUGGGCUUGGCUACAGGACAAAGCAGAGUUGGCGGCAGGUGGGCGGCAUCGCUCGUCUCAGAGUACGCAACUGUACUGGCGGCGCAGGGCCGGGCGGCGGCGGCACAGCAUCUGUUGUCUCUUCUGCCGCCGUGGGAGGAGAGUGUGAAUGACCCGAGUGUGGCGGAGGCUGCCAAAGCUGCUGCUGCCUUGAAGGAGCGCAUCUACCGCAGUGGCCUCGUUGCCGUGGACCCCUCACAGCCCGCCCCACCCUUCCCCUUCACGCCUGUGGAUGUGCCUCUUGGCUCCACCACCACCACCACCACUGCUGCUGCCAAGCCAUAUGCCGCACAGCAAUCAGCAUAUGCUGCUCCUGCUCAGCCUUCCUACUAUCAGUCACCGGCACCUGCCCAGGCUGCGCCGCAGCAGCCACAGCAGCCGAUCGCUCACACCCCACCUCGCCCGCAGCAGCAGCAGCAGCCGCAGCAGCCCCAGCAACGGCAUCCGCAAAGCUCCUAUGCUUCCACAUAUCAGCCCCCGCCCGUUGCUCCUCCUGCUCAGUCCUAUGCCCAGCAGCAACAGCAGCAGCAGCAGCAACAGCAACAGCAACAGCAGCAGCAGCAGCAGCAGCAACAGCAACAGCAACAGCAGCAGCAGCAGCAGCAACAGCAACAGCAACAGCAGCAGCAGCAGCAGCAGUAUCAACAGCAACAGCAGCAGCAGCAGGUGCAGCAGCAGCAGUAUCAACAACAGCAGCAGCAGCAGCAGCAGCAGCAGCAGCAGCAAGGAGCAAGGCCACACAUGUUCAUGCCCACUGCACCGCCCCCGGGUGUGACUAUGCCGCAGCACCCCCCUCCCAUGCAGCCCAUGCAACCCAUGCCAACAGGGCAGGCAGCACCAGGCGCACAGGUGAGCGCUUGCCUUUUGAGACGUCUCAAAAGGCGCACAGCUCAUGGGUCUGGGCAGCUCAGUCUCUUCUCAUGCACUUCGUUUCCUCUGCUUCUUCUCCCACGUGCCAUCCCUGUCACCCUGCUUGCUUCUACUCUUACCCUUCCCACCCCUCCCCAGCCGUCCUUCAUGCCUGUUGCUCCCCCGCCUGUGGCCGCCCCCCCUCCAUCCGCCCAUCACAUGCCCUCCGGCCCUCCACCGGGGAUGAUGAUGCCGUCGCAGCCGCCACCAGCAGCACGGGCAGCACAGGGACCCCGCCCCGUGGCCUUCACCCCCGUGGCUCCCCCCCCCGCCCACCGCAUGCCCACCGGCCCCCCUCCCGGCAUGGCCCCCACCGCCCCUCCCCCCGGGGUCUUCCCCCCUGGCGCGCCCCCACCUGGGGUGCUCCCCCCCGGAGUCCCCCCCCCUGGCGCUGCCCCCAUGAUGCGCCCCACUGGUCCCCCUCCCGGCGUGCGCCCCCCUGCUGCUGCUGUGGGUGCGCCUGGGGCGGCGGCUGCUGCUGCUGUGGCUGCGCCUGCCCCUGCUGCUCCCGAGGCUGCGCCGCCCGCCCCGCCGCCCACGGUGCAAACAGCCGACACCUCCAACGUGGCCCCUGAGCUGCGCCCGGUGGCAGGCACGCUGGGGAGGGUGUUCAAGGAGGCGGCAGCGGCGGUGGCGGCGCAGGGCAAUGCGGGGAAGAGGAGAGAGAUGGACGCCAACAGCAGGAAGCUCGGGCUGCUGCUGCAGCGCCUCAACCAGCGCGAUGUGUCACCCUCCGUCUCUCAGAAGCUAAUGCCUCUCUGUGCUGCACUCGAUGCCGGGGACUAUGCCACUGCUCUGCACAUCCAGGUGGAUCUGACGACCAAGGACUGGGAGGAGUGUGGCGUGUGGCUCACGGCACUCAAGAGCGUCAUCAAGACGAGACAGCAGCUCGGAUGA